AUGGAGUUCUCUUCCUAUGCUGGGUUGAGCUCUGAACGCCUGGCGUGCCUCCAGAACAUAGACAUUCGCCGCAAGUCCGUGUACAACGGAUCGAACUUUUCCUACGGGAACAACAUUUACGAAGUGUUACAUAACUGCUGUACAGAGGAGUUGAAAAAUGAGGAAGACACGAUUGGCAUCGAUCCGUUUGGCAAUAGGUACGCCCCGAAGAGUUUCAAUCCCCGCGACAGGCACAACUGCGACUACAAUUACGCGGGCCUGCGGUCGGAAAUUAAGAACAGCAUCAAUUUACGCAACCGAAGAAUCAAAAGUGACCUGAAUCUCCACGGGGGGGAGGCCUUAAAGGACGCCAUACAGCAUAAUGUAAGGGAAGAAGAGGUUAGCAGCCCCAAGCACUUCCUAUCAGACAAAGGCUACGUCUUAACUCCGAAGAGGUGCCUAGCCAGACAUGUGAAUGAUAGCGAAAUCGAUAAGUAUUUUUCCACCAAGUAUGCUGUGACGGACAAGUCCAGUGGACGGACCGAAAUUAUGGUGGAGAGGAAACCUGGGUGCUCGAAUAUCAUCGUACAAAACUUCUCCGAGUUUGAUGCCUAUGCCACGUACAAGCGACAGGACGAGCGGAAGAAGAGCCGGGACUCCUUUGUUCAAACGAAGAUGGGCAUCGUGCCGAAGGACGGGACGCCCACCGAUGAUAAAAAAUGCAAAGCGAGCGCUCUAUUUACACAAGUCCACCGAAGUGACAACAUCGCACCAGAGAAUUAUUGGCUCUGUCCCACCGUGGACAGCGAGAAGAGAGAAAAAAAAAAAAUUUUUGCCUAA